AUGUAUGUGCGGCUUCUGAUAUUUGAAAGGCAAUACUUCAAACAAGAAUUCGAUUCCAAUAAUCGCAUCACAACCAGAGACGACGCACAGACUUCCAGCAUGUCAGCAUUAACAGACGCAUCUGAGCUUUCAUCACUGUCUUCGAUAAAUUCUAGCAAAGCAACCACACCCAUCGAUUCAAUUGUGUUCAGACGGAAAUCUGGUCCGGAUAACAGCCCCAUCAGGAACCAUGCUAAAAGCAAUGGCCUGGACCGAAUCGAGGCCAUUGUAGAGCCCAAGUCCUCAAUUCCCUCACAUCUUAGCGCCGCCGACUACGCCGCCGAGUGCAUACGGGCAGCAGAGGCAUCACGUUUAAAUCCAUACGCAUUGCAUCUAGAAGAAUAUUUGCUUCUACGUCAUCACAUUUCACAUACACAAGUCACAACUUAUCUCAACAUACGCAAUGGCAUCCUCAGACUGUGGAUGGAACACCCCUGGAAAGCUGUGUCACGCCAAGAAGCGAUAGGGUGCGCGAAUGCUCGUUGGUUUGAUGCUGCGAGUGUCUGCUACGACUGGCUUAUACGACAAGGUUAUCUCAAUUUCGGUUGCCUGGAUUUGUCUCCAUGCGUACCAGCUUUAAAGCAGUCUCCUCGAAAGCUGCGAGGCAAGACUAUCGCUGUCAUUGGAGCUGGAAUAUCAGGCUUAGCUUGUGCAAGACAACUUGAAAGUCUUUUCAAGCAGUAUUCAGCAUAUUUUCAGGAGGAGGAAGAAGAACCCCCAAAGAUUAUAAUAUUGGAAGGGCGAAGUCGAAUUGGAGGUCGAGUCUACUCUCGAGAAUUCAAAACAAAGGAGCGCAUCCGAUCCCCUACAUUUGCCGGAAAGCGAUAUACUGCCGAAAUGGGUGGUAUGAUCAUCACAGGAUUUGAUCAAGGAAAUCCAAUGAAUGUCUUGGUUAGAGGUCAGCUUGGCCUUCCCUACCAUGGUCUCAGAGCGGAAACAACAAUCUAUGAUACUGAUGGACAGCCUGUUGAUACUUCAAGGGACGAAUUGGUUGAGAAGCUGUACAACGAUUGUUUAGAUCGCGUCAGCGAGUUUAAAUUCAAACCCCCGUCAUUAUCAAUUGUGGAAGGCAACCAGGAUCUUAUUGACGAAGGCCGCGACAGUCCAGGUGAUGGUAGUCGGACAAUUAUGCAGGCUGAGGAAGCCGAAGCGGCGCUGUCGGAUACAACAGUACCAUCCCAACAAAACGGUCCGAAUGUCAAAACCAGGCGAGUUGCCUCAGACAGUGCGACUCUCAACGGCCCUCGCACCGAGCCUGGCACUGCUGGUAGCAUGGAUGCAGUACAGAAAGUAAAGGAAAUGGGCUGGGCACUCCGUUCUGAUGCGCCUCAGACUAGCCAAUUCAAUUUGGAUGGCGCAGUGAAGAAACAGAGCGCCACGCUGGGAUCUGUUCUAGACCACGCCAUUACACAGUAUGGAGAUUUGGUGGACUUGACCGCACAAGAUUACAGACUCAUCAAUUGGCAUAUCGCCAACCUUGAAUACAGCAACGCUACAAACCUUCAUAACUUGAGUCUUCCCCUGUGGGACAUUGACGCAGGUAAUGAGUGGGAUGGGCAACACUCAAUGGUUGUCGGUGGUUACCAAAGCGUUGCUCGAGGCUUAUUACAUUCUCCCUCACCACUGAAUCUUACCACCAAAUUUCCGGUGAAAACGAUUAGAUACCAUAGCGAAGGGUUUGGCGGUGCCGCCUCAAUUGAAUGUGAAGAUGGUACUGUGGUAGAAGCCGAUGCUGUGGUAUGUUCUAUUCCACUAGGUGUGCUGAAGCAUGGCAAUGUCGAAUUUGACCCUCCUCUUCCAAGCUGGAAGACCGGGGCUGUUGAGCGGCUUGGCUUUGGUAUUUUGAACAAGGUCAUUCUGGUCUAUGAAUCCAUCUUCUGGGAGUCUGACAGGCAUAUUUUUGGCGUCCUUCGAGAUGCUGAAAAGCAAGGCAGUCUACGUCAAAACGAAUAUGGCCGCAACCGUGGACGAUUCUUCCAGUGGUUCAACGUCACAAAUACCACUGGUCUGCCCUGCCUGAUUGCUCUAAUGGCAGGCGAUGCCGGCUUUGAAACAGAAACCUCGUCCAAUGAUGAAUUGGUGGCUGAGGCCACAUCCAUUUUGCGAACUGUAUUUGGUAAAGAAGUUCCACACCCAGUGGAAGCCGUUGUAACUCACUGGGGUUCGGAUCGCUUUGCGCGUGGCAGCUACUCUUCUGCAGCGCCAAACAUGCAGACAGACGACUAUGACAUUAUGGCUCGUCCUAUUGGAAAUCUCUUCUUUGCUGGAGAACACACCAUUGGCACUCAUCCUGCAACCGUACAUGGUGCCUAUCUUUCUGGUUUGCGGGCUGCUUCUGAAGUCCUGGACGAGGUGAUUGGCCCGAUUGAGAUCCCAACGCCUCUAAUCCUUCCCAAAGACUCUGUCCUUCUGCACAAACGCAAGGAGUCUGCAAAGGACCCUAUCCAGGCACGCAUAGAUGCCUAUGAAGCAGAGCUUUGGGAAUAUGUGCGGACCAGACUAGGUGAGCGACCAGUUCGCCCUAGCAAGGUGUCGGGCAAUGCGUUCCUCUUGUUCAGUAAAGCAAAGUUUGACGUUGCUAAAAGACUCUGUGAUGAAAAUCGACAGGCUGGUGCUAAACCGAUGCAUAAUGAAGUGCGAGCCAUGACGUCAAGAAUGUGGAAAGACAUAUCUCCAGAAGAGCGGAAGCCAUUUGAGGACCAAGCGGCUGAACAAAAGCAGGCGUAUACUACUGCAAUAAAGAAAUACGUGGAGUUAUCUGAGAAAUGGGAUUUAGAUGCCAUCUCCUUGAGGGCUUCGUACGAGAACGAGCAUCCUUUUGGAAUUGGCCAGGUGAACGGGCGCAGCAGCAGGGCAGCACCAAAGCAUAGAAGGGGCAGGACAAUAAGCUAUGCGGAAGACCAUAGUAGCGACCUGGAGUUCUAG